AUGCAUCUGAGGAGCUUCUUCCACCUCCGUUCCAGGGUAGAACCCUCCAUCUACAUCCCUGCAUGCGAAUGCCUUCACAGGUUUCUCUGCGCUUCUCCUCUGCCAAACCCACUUCUGGGAAGCUCCGGGGACAACAUCGGGGAGGAGGCUUCCACCUCCGCCGUCUUCGAUAUCGUAAACUCGUCCCCGAAUAGAGAGGCCAUGGUCAAGUCCCUGCGAGAGAGCGGGGUCUUCCUCUCCAACGACCUCAUCGAUCGGGUCCUGAAGAGGGUCAGAUUCAGCCACAGCAACCCCGUACGAGCCCUCGAGUUCUUCUCCUACGCCGGCCAGAGAAAGGGCUUCUUCCACACCCAGCUCUCUCUCGACACCAUGCUCUAUAUCCUCGGCAGGAGCCGCAGAUUUGAAGACGUAUGGAAUAUCCUGAAAGAGACGCGGAGAAAGGACCAGUCCUUGGUGACCACCCGCACUCUCCAGGUGGUCCUUGGGAGGAUCGCCAAGGUGUGCUCCGUCAGGCAGACGGUGGAGGGCUUCUGGAAGUUCAAGAAGCUCGUCAAGAGCUUUGACACCCCGUGCUUCAACGCCCUGUUAAGGACCUUGACCCAGGAGAAGAGCAUGGCCGAUGCCAGGAAUGUCUACCACAAUUUGAAGCGAGAUUUCCGGCCGGAUCUACAGACCUUCAACAUACUGUUGUCGGGCUGGAAGUCGUCUGAGGAGGCCGAGUCGUUCUUGGAGGAGAUGAAGGAGAUGGGAGUGAAACCUGAUUUGGUCUCUUACAAUUGCCUGGUUGAUGUCCACUGCAAGAACCGGGAAAUGGAAAAGGCAUUCAGUACUGUCGAGAAGAUGAGAGAGGAGGAGAUCUAUCCUGAUGUCUUCACAUAUACGAGUCUUAUCGGGGGUCUGGGGCUGAUUGGGCAGCCUGACAAGGCCAAGAAUAUUCUCAAGGAGAUGAAGGAGUCUGGAUCUCAUCCUGACGUAGCAGCUUAUAAUGCGGCUAUAAGAAACUACUGCAUUGCAAAGAGACUUCGUGAUGCAUUCUCUUUGUUGGAUGAGAUGGAGGAGAAAGGCCUGUCUCCUAAUCCGACAAGUUAUAAUCUUUUCUUCAGGUCUUUCUAUUGGUCAAAUGAUCUGAAUAGUUCUUGGAGAUUGUAUGAGAGGAUGAGAAGUCGCGGUUGUCUUGCCAACACGCAGUCUUGCAUGUUUCUGGUUAGGCUGUGCCAACGACAAGAGAAGGUGGGGAUGGCUCUUGAGCUGUGGAAUGAUAUGAUUCAGAAAGGUUUUGGUUCAUAUAUCUUGGUUUCGGAUGUACUAUUUGAUUUUCUCUGUGAUAUGGGGAUGCUGACAGAAGCUGAGAAAUGCUUCCUGCAGAUGGUGGAAAAGGGUCAGAAACCCAGCAUUGCCUCCUUUAAACGGAUCAAAGUUCUGAUGGAGCUGGCGAAUCAACAUGAGUCCCUCAACAAUUUAACCCAAAAAUUGGUUAUCUUUGGGGAUUCCUUCAUACUGGGCAAACCAAGUGCGGAUAGAAGUUCAGAAGCAUUGUCCCCAGCAGCCUUGGAUUCAGUUGGAUGA